GUUUAGCUUUAAUUUGUUGCUUAAUCUUCUCAGUUUGCCGACAGUUUGAAGAGAGAGCAUCAUGACUGAGGAGUCCACAACAGAGUAUAAUCUAGAGCCAGACCAACUUUGUCGCAAAGAAGAGGUGGUUAAAGUUGGAUCCAUCAUCAUUCCUCUUUUCUUCACUCUUAUGGUUGUGCUUAGUUGCGUUGGUAACUUCCUGGUUCUGGUCAUCCUGGUGUUCUACGAGAAGUUAAGCACCCCGAUCAACAUCCUAAUCCUCAAUUUAGCUCUGUCAGAUCUACUGUUCACUUUUGGACUUCCAUUCUGGGCAUCUUACCACAUUUGGGGCUGGACAUUUGACGAAACCUGCUGCAAAGCUCUGAAAUUCCUGUUCUAUCUUGGGUUUUACAGCAGUGUGUUUUUCAUAACCCUGAUGACCAUUCAGCGAUACAUGGCGGUUGUUCAUCCUCUGUCGGACUGGGAGAAAUGCAGAGGGUUUUCAAUCGCCCCCUUUAUCGUGUGGAUCCUGAGUGGAUUGGCUGCACUGCCAGGCUCUCUUCGUAGCAAAGUCAUGUCACAUAUUACAAACCUUUACUGUGAAUAUGACAGCAUUGAAGUCAAACAUGCAGUUGUUUAUUUGCAAAAUGUUUUUUUCUUUAUUGCAUUUUGCAUCAUGGGAUUUUGCCAUGUCAGGAUGUUUUGGAUAAUCAGAAAGUCACAAACAAGGAGGCGACACAGAGCUAUUAAAAUCAUUUUCUGUGUUGGUUUGGUAUUCUUUAUAGGUUGGGCUCCAUUCAACAUUGUUAUGUUUUUGAGAACUUUGAUGGAUUAUGGUUUACACCCGUUCAUAAUCUGUGAUGUAUCCAUUCGUCUUGAUUAUGCAUUUUAUGCCUGCCGUCUGAUGGCUUUUUCACAUUGCUGUAUAAACCCUGUGAUCUAUGUCUUUGUUGGUGAAAAAUUCCAGAAUCAUUUAAGGGCAAUGCUGAAGAAGAUUUGUCCAAAACAAAAACAACUACCAACUAGGAAACUGUCCAGAGUGAAUUCUUCUAAUUAA